GAUAUGUGUUUGGUUUUGUUUUCAUUCCGCACGUGGAUUUAAAUUUAAGUUUCACCUGAAAGAGGAGAAAAUGGACACAGGCGAAGAGCUCAAGUCCUGGCUGGCGGAUCAAAGCAAACCCUUUCCGGCACGUGUUGAAUUCGCCUUGAAGGUCUGGCAAUCCGUGGAGUUUCUCUAUCCCAACAAAUACGAGAUUAUCACGGAAUGGCUGUCGGUUUCCCUGGGUGAGGAGCACCAGGUGCACCCCCUGCCCACCCAGCAGCUCAGAGAUUUCCUUAAGCUGCGGGCGCAACCUGGUUGGGUCACCUCGCAGAUCAAAACCCAGUUGAUUAGCAGGCUAUUUGAAGUGAUCUCCCAGGAGGAGAAUGCCAAUGAAUCCUCGCUGGAGCUACUCCCCCUGACCCUCAACUCCGAGCUGCUCCAGGAUGCCCUGCGUUCGGAUCCCGCAGUCCUUGCCAACUGCUUUGGCCUCCUCUUCAAAAGCCACCAAAGAUUUGUGGAGCAACGCAAGGCUAGGAUGCCUGACCAGGAUCACUGGGAUGCCGAGUUUGCACUGCCUGUUAUCAAGCAGCUGGCCGAGAUUGCCCGCCGCUCGCAGAACCAGAAGCGUCUGCUCGAGGAGUACGAUGCGCAGAUCAUUCGGCCGCUGGUGGAACUGCUGCUUAGCCUGAAAUCCCCCUGUUUGGAGGAGCUCGUCCAGCUGGAGAAGCAAUUGGGUGCGGAGUUUACAGCGGAACGUAUAGAGAAGCAUCCCCUCCAUGUUAACCUACUCCUUUUGGAGGCCGCCAUCCUAAACAAUCGCCAUACGACAACGCAACUCAAUAAACUAGUAAAAGUGGUCCUUCGAGCCGGCAAGGAAUCGGCGGAAUCGCUGCCCCUGGUCACCUACCUGCUGAUGUCGCUGCGCAAGCAUGAUGUACCCUUGUCCAUGUUCGAAUUUGUCUCCAAUGAGCUGCUCCAGUUGGUCCGCGAGUACAGGAAGUCGCAUCUCAAGGAGAUCCUGCUGCUUCUCUACGCCGCCUUGCGCCUGAAUCCUCUCCUGCUCGAGCAGAGUGUCUAUCAGAUCACCGUGUGGCUUCUAACGAUUAGAAAGGCGACUCCUGAGGAGGAGGAGCUGUACUCCGAGUAUCUCAUUCUCCUGCUCGACAUGUUCCGUCGCCUUAGUCGCGCCGAACGCUUCAUUAUGAAUCUUCUCAAGGCUUUAAAGGAGUGGCUGGGUAAAUAUCCUUUGGAUUUAACCCACGGAGAAGCCAAGAAGCGGCGGCUUGAGGAUUCCAAGGCUCCCCUUGAGCUAGAGCAUCGCUUCCUGCGUCUAAUCUUCGCUAGAAACACCCUGCCCGCGGCUCCCUCCUCGCAUGAUGCCUUUAAACAGCUCUGCCAAACCUGGCCAAGUCAUUCCGCAGGCGUGGCCUUCACCCGGCUGGUGAGCCACCUCAUGACCAAGCCUUCGCUGGUCAUUUGGAAGACCCUGUUGCAUUCCUUUGCCGAGCUGCUGGAGGAAGAUCAACCAGCUGUUCUGCCUGAGAAUCUUGACUUUGCCCGCGAACUGCAUGCUGCGCUGCUCUGUCAGUAUCUAAACGGCACUCGGCUGGCGGAGCAGGUGCAUCUAUAUAAAGACCAAGUGGAGCAGCAGCUGCAACACACCUCGCAGGUGCUGGAGCAAUUUGGCCGCCGUCUGCUGAGCCAGGAGCACAAUCGCCGCCUGAUGACGGCCUUCCUCGAGUGCACCGAACGGGCCAGUUCCUUUGAGUUGCUAUUGAUUCACUACUGGCCAGAUGGUUUCCCUGCCAGCGAACGUCCGUUGCAACUGCGCAACUUCCUGCCCGCCGCCGAGUGGACGCUCAUCCAGCAGCGGGUGCACAAUUUCGGCAAGAGCUCCUGCCGCCAGCGAUUGCAGCGCUUGGAACUGCAGCUGGCCGAGAGCGGUUGGCUGCUGCAGGAUCAACGGGGAGCCACUUGCUCCGAUUCGCUGGCUGAAUUGGUAACGCCGCAGCAAUUCUUUCGGCUGACGCGAGCUCAAAAACAACUGCGUUUGCAGCAAAACAAAGAUGUAGACUCGCAUUUGGAGGAUGCGGAGUGCGUGGAACUGAUUGCUUUGCAGCUGCUCAAGGAUUAUGCAGCGGAAAUCAAGGAUUCCAAGGUUAAAUCAUCGCUUUUGGUUAAACUAAAAGUGGAGGGGCAGCUGGAGGAGGCCGCGUUGAUAAGUUUCCUCAGGGAAACGACUUCCGUGGACAAGGAGCUGCAGCUGCCGGAGUCACAGGAGCUAGUGGAUUCACUGCAGCGCCUGCCGCUGGCUCAAUUGGCCUCCAACAUUCGCUCGCGCCUCUGGCUAAGGAUCUUUGUGCUCUACAGGGAUCUCAGUCGUGCAAAGCAGCAGGAGGAGCAGGCUAAACAGGUCCUGGAACUUCUAAUAGAUCUUAUGCACUUUGGUCAUCCCCUGCCCGUUUGUAGCUACUUCUCGCAGCUAAGCGACCUGCUACAGCUAAUCCCCACCAGCUCGUCGACCGGUUGGAGCUUCUACGAGACCCUCUUCGCCCGCUGCAUUCGUCGCCAGAGUUCUGGAAGCGAGGCCUUCCUCGCCAGCUGCACAGAGUACCUGAAAGAUCAGUUAACUGCCUCUAAUAAACUGCAAACGGAGCAGGUUCGUCUGCUUCUGCUGGCCAUUGAAACUCUAUCCAGUGUGACUGGAGCUCAAGGGAGGCGAUUGCAGCGCCAACUGCAGCCAUUGCUGGAGAUCUACGGCGAGAUGGUGGCCCACAAGUUUCGCUCGAAGAAGAAGGAGGCUUCUGCUUACAAGGAGUUUGUAGAUAGCACUUUGUCUGGUUAUGCAACCUACGUGAGCAGCUGCAUCAAUCGCGUGGCCAGGCAGGAGAGGGAAAAGGAGCAGGAACCGAAGGAGCAGCAGGAUCAGGAGCCAGAUAAAAAGAAGAAAAAGAAGGAUAAGAAGGAAAAAGAGGAGCGGGAGCAGCAUCAACAACCCAUUGAUGACAACUUCCGGCGCAUAUGUAAAAUCUACAUUGGUCAUUCGCUCAACUACCGCAAUGCCCAUGCCAUCCGCCUGCUGAAUGUGGCCCUCACCCAUCGCCAGCGUUUGCAUUUGGAUCCGGAUGAAAUUGAGUUCGUGCUGAGCAGCUAUUGGCGGCAAUUAAAUGCGGAUAUUGAAGCGGGUGAUAUCUCAUCCGCUGCCUCCUUGGAUUGCCUGGAGCCCGCCAUCAAGCUGAUCAUUGGCUACAAGACCAACGAGGAUUUCCUGCUGCUCCUGCGACGCCUCUCCACACAGGUGGAACAGAUGCAGCGACCCGAGACGCCCGCCCAGCAUACUGGACUCCAGAAUGUGCUCACCUUGCUGGCGCUCUUUGCCAAAUGCUCGCUGAGCAGCGUCAAGGGAGCGAUGCUAAACGAGCACUUUGAGCUGAUCAGCGUGAGUGUGGCGCUGCGUCUGCCGGAGCAAAAGGAUUCCGCCUACCGUGGUCAUGCGCUUCGCCUGCUGGAGGCCCAACGAAAUCUGGCCGGGAAUCGCACGGUUCCGCUGACGGGCGAGACUUUGGAUUGCCUGCUGGGCAGCAUGUUGGAUGUGAACAUCAAGCAAUUGAUCGGUAACGGCGGCAGUUGGCAGGACUUUGUGGAUCUGUACGCUGUGCUCACGGAUAAUUUGGUGGUGCUGCUGAAGCAGCACAGCAAUCUAAUGUCCGACCGGGCGGCCCAGCUGAGUGCCCUGUGCCAGGAUCUCGUCCAGGCCAUCGUUGGCUAUCGGGCGGAGCGAAAGCAGGCGCAGGACAUUAGCGAAACGGAGCUUGAUGGUCUGGCGGAUUUGGGUUUAAAGUUGGCUACUGUUAUGGCCACGGUGGCGACGACUCAGGCGCUCGCUGUCAAGCGAGUGGCGCCCUUCCUGCUCAUCUUCACCAUCCGGCAAAUGGUGGCCACCGAAAGACCCACAACGCUGUUCGAAAAGGUCAAGGUCCACAUAGUGCGCGUGUGCCACGAGCUGAUCGGGAUCUGCGACCACCGUUCCGGACACUUUAUCCUGCGCUCCAGCAGCGAGGCGGGCGCCAGGAUGUACGAGGGCCUGGUGAAGGAGCACGAGAAGUACCACAAGUUCAGGGGCAAGGUGUAAAGGAAAGAG